AUGCUCUCCUUUACCGUGUUUAAGGGCGCCGCCGACGGCGCGCCGAUUAAGAGCACCACCUCGAAGCCUGAGCAGCUCACCGGCGACCAGGUCCUUCUCAAGGUCCUCGCCUCUGGCGUCUGCGGCACUGAUUUACACUAUCGCAAAAAGGACAUGGUCCUCGGCCACGAGGGCAUCGGCGAGGUGCUGGCCGUCGGUCCCGGCGUCCGCGCCCUGAAACCCGGCCAGCGCGUCGGCUGGGGCUACCAGACGGGUGCGUGCGGCCUCUGCGCGCAGUGCUUCGCCGGCGACGAGACGUACUGCGCCGGACGGCAAAUGUACGGACAGGCAUCGCCGGAGCAGGGCUCUUUUGCGACACGCGCCGUGUGGCCCGAGGCCUGGCUGCACCCGAUCCCCGAGGGGCUGUCCAGCGUCGACGCCGCGCCGCUGCAGUGCGGCGGCGCCACCGUCUUCACGGCGCUGCUCGGCGUCCAGCCCACCGACACGGUCGGCGUGUUUGGCGUCGGCGGCCUCGGACACUUGGCGAUUCAGUUUGCCAACAAGAUGGGCUGCCGCGUCGUGGUGCUGUCGGGCUCGGACCGCAAGAAGGACGAGGCGACGCGGCUUGGCGGCCACCGCUUCAUCGCGACCAGCAACUUGAGCAGCAAGAAUAGCAAGGGAGGGGAGGAACAAGAGGACGUGUGGAAGCUGGACAGGCUGCUGGUGACGACGUCGGCGCUGCCGGACUGGUCGGUGGUGAUGCCGAUGAUGGCGGUGCACGGACGCAUCGUGCCGCUGAGCGUCGGCGGCAAGGACCUGGUGGUGCCGUACGCGCCGGUGCUGCUGCAGGGCGUGACGGUGCAGAGCGCGCUGGUGGCGACGCGCGGCGUGCACAGGGCGAUGCUGGCGUUUGCGGCGCGUCACGGCGUCCGGCCUGUUGUCGAGACGUUUCCGUUGACCGAGGAGGGCGCCAAGGAGGCGCUGGACAGGCUGGAAAAGGGCCAGGUGCACUUUCGCGCGGUGCUGGUGCCCGAGGACGAGGAUCAGGAAAAGCACAAGAUUUAG